GAAGACCUCUUGUGCUUCUAUGUUCACGUCAGAAUGGCCUAGGCCAAUCUGUUGCUUUACGGUUCCUACCACAGGCACUCUACAGCAAUGUAUUGGGACUUUGCCACCAGUGCUAGUGGACCAUCCAGAUGGCUGUAAACCUGCAGAGGAGAUACAGAACGUCUCUCAAACUGGAUUAAAGCAACCUGUUGAUAUUUUUAUUUAUACUUUUUAAUUUUUGUAUUUGACUUAAAGUGCCAUGAAAAAAUUUGCAUAUUGCAAGGUGGUCCUUGCCACCUCUUUGGUUUGGGUCCUUCUGGAUAUGUUUCUGUUGCUGUACUUCAGUGAAUGCAACAAAUGUGAUGAGAAAAAAGAACGAGGCCUGCCUGCUGGAGAUGUUCCAGAACCCAUACAAAAACCACACGAAGGACCUGGAGAGAUGGGGAAGCCUGUGGUCAUUCCGAAAGAGGAGCAAGAAAAAAUGAAAGAAAUGUUUAAAAUAAAUCAAUUUAAUUUAAUGGCAAGUGAAAUGAUUGCACUCAACAGAUCUUUACCUGAUGUCAGGUUAGAAGGGUGUAAAACGAAGGUGUAUGUAGACAACCUUCCCACAACAAGUGUUGUCAUUGUUUUUCACAAUGAGGCUUGGAGCACACUUCUACGAACUGUUCAUAGUGUGAUAAACCGGUCACCACGACACAUGCUGGAAGAAAUCGUCCUCGUCGAUGAUGCCAGUGAAAGAGACUUCUUGAAAAGACCACUGGAGAAUUAUGUGAAAAAAUUAAAAGUACCUGUUCAUGUGAUUCGAAUGGAACAGCGUUCUGGAUUAAUUAGAGCCAGAUUAAAGGGGGCUGCUGCUUCUAAAGGCCAGGUCAUCACCUUCUUAGAUGCUCAUUGUGAAUGUACAGUAGGCUGGCUUGAACCUCUGCUGGCAAGGAUCAAAGCUGACAGGAGAACAGUAGUGUGUCCCAUCAUUGACGUAAUUAGCGAUGACACCUUUGAAUAUAUGGCAGGUUCUGACAUGACCUACGGUGGAUUCAACUGGAAGUUGAAUUUUCGUUGGUAUCCUGUUCCUCAGAGAGAGAUGGAUCGACGGAAAGGAGAUCGAACCCUUCCUGUUAGGACACCUACAAUGGCAGGAGGUCUCUUUUCAAUAGACAGAGAUUACUUUCAGGAAAUUGGAACAUAUGAUGCUGGAAUGGAUAUUUGGGGUGGAGAAAACUUAGAAAUUUCUUUCAGGAUCUGGCAGUGUGGUGGCACUUUGGAAAUUGUAACUUGUUCACAUGUCGGGCAUGUGUUCAGAAAAGCAACACCAUACACUUUUCCAGGAGGUACAGGGCAGAUAAUCAACAAAAAUAACAGGCGGCUUGCAGAAGUCUGGAUGGAUGAAUUCAAAAACUUUUUUUAUAUCAUUUCCCCAGGAGUUACUAAAGUUGAUUAUGGGGACAUAUCGUCACGACUUGGACUAAGACGCAAGCUCCAGUGCAAGCCUUUCUCCUGGUACCUGGAGAAUGUUUAUCCUGAUUCCCAAAUUCCACGCCAUUACUUUUCUCUGGGAGAGAUAAGAAAUGUGGAGACAAAUCAAUGUCUGGAUAACAUGGCAAGAAAAGAAAAUGAGAAAGUUGGAAUCUUUAACUGCCAUGGAAUGGGUGGCAAUCAGGUUUUCUCAUAUACUGCCAACAAAGAAAUUCGAACAGAUGAUUUGUGUUUAGAUGUAUCAAAACUUAAUGGCCCAGUAACGAUGCUCAAGUGCCACCAUCUAAAAGGAAAUCAGCUUUGGGAAUAUGAUCCAGUGAAACUAACCCUGUUGCAUGUGAACAGUAACCAGUGCCUGGACAAAGCCACCGAAGAGGACAGCCAGGUACCCAGCAUCAGAGACUGCAAUGGCAGCCGCUCCCAGCAAUGGCUGCUUCGCAAUGUCACCCUUCCAGAAAUAUUCUGAGAGGUUCUAAAGAAAAGCAAGGAUUGACUGGGCUACCUCGGCUGAUACUUUGGCUACACUGUUAAGUAGCAACAGAAGAAACUUCUGCUCGGCAGAAUCCACAGUUCAUCAGCUGUUAGAACUCCUGCAGCUUCUCAGCAGCUGUGAACCAGCCUUCCUGUACAAGGAUGUGAAACUACCACACAUACUAGUGAAACUGCGCCCACUGAUGAUGUUUACAAGAUCAAAAGAGUUUCUUCCAGCAAAUAAUUUAGAGAACGUUUGGACAGUGGAAACAUAAUCAAUGAAAUAGUCUCUCUGAAGAGCUGCAUAUCGUCAUAGUUUGCUUGCACAUCAGUAACCUCUGCUGAAAGUGCUGUUGUAAAGGAGAAAGUUCCAAGAAUUUUUUUUCCUGGUUAGCAGUGGUAACCAGACUACUAAAUAUAGAUCCACAAAUAAAUGAGAGAGAGAGAGAUGGAAACGAGAUUCUGUAACAUGAAAUAAGAAUUCUGUGGUUUAA